AUAUAAACACAUACAGACGGACGAUCAUUGAUUAACAUCAGUUGUUUGUACACUGCGUGAAGACAUGGAGCACAAGAAGAAUUUUAUCUCCUGUCCUGUUUGCAAAACAAGUCACGUGACACCGCUAAAUACCCGUAAUGAUGGGGUAUUUGCAUCCACAUGUGAAAACUGUGGACAUUUCUUCAAGUUCAGGUCCAUUGCUCCAUACAAGUCUUCCAUAACGUUUAGCGUCAAUGGAAAGCAAGUCACUGUUGGUACUGAGUACAGCUCGUCAGCGACGCUCAAUGACUUCUUAAGACAAUCACGCCUGUCAAUGGGAACCAAGGUGUUCUGUAAACAAGGUGGAUGUGGUAUCUGUAUUGUGGUAGCCAAGAUGACCUUGAACCCGAAUGGCACACCAGUCACAGCCAAUAUCAACUCAUGCCUAUGUCCAUUGUUUGUAUGUGAUGGUUGGGAAAUCACCACCAUUGAGGGACUGGGCUCCACUAAAACAACAAUGCAUAAGAUCCAGUCAACACUAUCAAGUUUCGGUGGAACCCAGUGUGGGUACUGUAGUCCUGGACAUGUCAUGAAUAUGUACGGGCUGAUGCAACAAUACCCCAACUUGACAAAGCAGGAUACCGAGGACAAUUUCGAGGGUAACCUGUGUAGAUGUACAGGGUACCGUCCAAUUCUUGACGCCAUGAAGUCCCUUGUGCCUGCCACGCCUCCGGAUAUUGAGGAUUUAUCUACCAAACUGUGUAAGACAACUGGCCAACCUUGUGCGUCUCGGUCCGAUAACUGUGGCGGUGGAUGUUCGAGCCAUGGCGACCCUCGGUCCAUUCAGAUGGUGUUUGGAGACACAAGAUGGGAGAAAGCAACAGAUCUUGCCAACCUUUAUCAAAUAUUGAGUCAGACAAGCGGACAGAAAGUCAGACUGCUAGGUGCCAACACAGGCACAGGCUAUUUCUAUGAGGAAGCUAUCCAAAACUUUGAUGUGGUUAUUGACAUAUCUGGAGUACCCGAACUGUAUGUAAAUACACACGAUGCACAGACAAAAACCUUUACACUCGGUGGAUGUUUGACUCUCACAGACCUUAUGAAUAUUUUCAAAAGAGAGGCAUCGAAAGUCGGGGGCAAUCCAAAUUUCAAAGAACUGAAGAAGUAUCUAUACAGAGUCGCUUCCUCCCCAAUCAGGAACAGAGGCACGUGGUCGGGAAACUUAAUGCUUAAGAACAAGCACCAUUCUUUCCCGUCAGACAUAUUCAACAUAAUGACAGUUGUUGGAGCUUCAUUGACUAUAGGCCAGACUCCACAGAGCGUUGUUAUAUGUGAUGCUUUCUACAAGACGGACAUGACUGGCAAAUGUUUAUCCAAGGCAACAUUUAAGGAAUUUGGACCUAAUGACGUCGUCGCUUGCUUCAAAGUUAUGCCAAGAUCGCAGAACUGUCUGGCUCAUGUUAAUGGUGCAUUUCGAUGUGCUGUAGAUAAGGUGCACGGGUAUCUUGUAACAAGCCGACCCAUUAUUUCUAUCGGUGGCAUCAGUGACACCUUUCACAGGGCUACAGCCACAGAACAAUACCUGUAUGGAAAACAGUUGUCAUCUCCAGCAACCAUCUCAGGUGCUCUAACUGCACUUGCGGCGGAAGUUAUUCCCACUGAUGCUGUUGGCCUAACCAGUGCAUCAUACAGGAAGACUGUAGCAUGUGCUCUACUCUACAAGUUUUUCCUGCGGGUUCUCGGAGACUCGGCAAGCUAUCAGUACAGAAGUGCGGCAGAUGUACUUCACGACAUACGCCCACUGUCGUCUGGGGUGCAGACAUACGACACGAACAAACAAGAAUGGCCGCUGAAUGAACCUCUUAAAAAGUUAGAAGCAGACCGUCAGUGCACUGGGGAGGCGGAGUAUACGGACGAUUUGCCGGCCUAUCCGGGACAGCUGUAUGCUUCAUUUGUGACAAGUACCGAAGCCAAUGCCACAGUGCAGUCUAUCAACUCGGACGAGGCACUAAAAAUUGCUGGCGUUGUUAAAGUGCUGACGUCAUUUGAUAUUCCACAAGGGGCCACCAAUGACGUACAACCACCAAGUUCGUUCUCAAAAGAACUCGAACCCGAGGAGUUGUUCUCAAGUGGGAAAGUUAUGUAUUACGGACAGUCGUUAGCACUGGUGAUUGCAGAGAGUCAAGAUGCGGCAGACCAAGGUGCUAGAGCUGUUAAAGUAACUUACAACAGUAUACAGACGCCUGUCAUUACUAUAGAUGAUGCUAUUGCAGCAAAAACCUACUUCAAGAAACCUUUACCGGACAUCACAUUUGGAACACCAGACCAGGCCAUCGCCAGUGCCCCACAUCAGCUAAAUGGUACGUUCGCCACCCAAGAACAGAUGCAUUUCCACAUGGAAACACACGCCAGCGUUUGUGUGCCUACAGAGGACGGCUUUGAUAUUGUGACAACAACACAAUGGCCAGAUGGAAUACAACAAGCAGUCAGUACAGUAACAGGAAUACAGAAAAGCAAUAUAGAUGUGUCAGUGAAGAGACUUGGUGGAGCGUACGGCGGGAAGAUCACUAGGAAUAACAUCGUUGCAGCAGCAUGCGCGCUUGCCGCCAAGUUAACAAACAGACCAGUCAGAGCUCGACAGACUAUUCAAACAAAUUUGAGAAUGAUGGGUCGCAGGUUCCCCCACAAGUUUGUUUACCGCGUAGGAUUUGAUGACAACGGAAAACUACUUGGAAUAGAUAUGAAGAUAUACGAAGGUCAAGGUUACCUCCCAAAUGAGGACUCGGCAUCAUUUUUCUUUGCUUUCAUUGACAAUGCUUAUUACUGCGCAAACUGGAAACUCAGUGUAGAAGCUAUGCGGACGAAUACGCCAAUGAAUACAUCUUGCAGGGCUCCAGUAUCGACACCAGCCGUGCUGGCGAUAGAAAACAUGAUGGAGAAGGUAGCGCGAAGUUUAAAUAAAGACCCAGCAACUGUCAAGCAGCUCAACUUCUAUAAGGAGGGACAAAGGACACUUGUUGGUGAGGUUCUUACGCAUUGCAACAUCCGCGCUGUCAUGACAGAACUGAUGACGUCAGCACAAGUGAACACGAGACAGUCGCUAUUUACAUUCUUUAACAAGGACAAUCGUUGGAAGAAAAAGUCUUUAGCUGUUGUCCCUGUAAAGUUUGCACUAUCAUGGGCAUAUAGCAUGUACACGGUGACUGUUUCUGUACAUGGCAGGGAUGGAUCUGUGUCCGUCAGUCACGGGGCUGUGGAAAUGGGACAGGGAUUGAAUACAAAGGUAGCUCAAGUUGUUGCUUAUGAACUUGGUAUACCCAUAGACCAUGUGACAGUAAAGACGACCAGCUCUACAAUGAGUGCUAACAAUAAUACCACAGGAGGAAGCGUCACAAGUGAAGAGUGUUGCAAAGGUGCUAUACAGUGUUGUAAAGAGGUCACUGCUAACAUGAAACCUGUCAAAGACAAAAUGGUGAACCCUACAUGGCUAGACCUAGUAGACAAAUGUUAUUAUGAUAACAUUGUUCUAAGUGCAAGAUACAGCGUGGCCGGAAUCCUUCCUGAAAAUGGUGGCGACAUUAUCGCGUACUAUUCUUACGGCGCUGCAUGUUCGGAGGUAGAGCUGGAUGUUCUGACAGGUGAAUACCAAAUCAACAGGGUGGACAUUGUGUAUGAUUGUGGGGAAAGCUUGAACCCUGCUGUUGAUAUAGGCCAAGUUGAAGGAUCUUUUGUGAUGGGUCUUGGUUACAGUCUAACGGAGGAGAUAGCCUACGAUCCAAAGACAGGAAAAAUGUUUAAUAACGAUACUUGGGGAUACCAUCCACCAACAAACAAAGACAUACCAGUUGACUUCAGGAUAAGUUUGUUGAAGAAUGCACCGAAUCCUUCUGGUGUACUCAGAUCGAAAGCAAGUGGAGAACCUCCUCUGAAUACAGCAUGUUCGACGUUCUUUGCAUUGAGAAACUGCAUAGAGGAGGCUAGAAAGGAUGCAGGACAGACUGGGGAGUUUGAUUUCCAGCCACCUGCAACAAUUGAAAAGGUACAGAUGGCGUGUUUGGUAGAUCCCUCGCAAUUUGCUAUAUAAAGCACCUCAAGAGAAUAAAUUUAAACAUGUUGUACUCAAAAUAUUUAAGACUUUGCAAUAAAUAUUACCCCAGUUUACCUUGACUGACAUUGGGUGAAACAUUAUUAUUAUUAUUAUUAUAUUAUUAUUAUAGCAAGAAGAGAGCGAUUUUGCCUCAUUUGUUCAUUCUCUCUUGAAAAGCACCAGAUGAAAAAUUGUAGGUCAUAGUUUUAAAUGAAAUACUCUAACGCCGUGACCAAAUAUAUGUAGUCUUAAAGAAACGGUAUCUAUUUUGCAUUGAUAAAAUUAUUUGUCUAACUAUAUGCAUGUCAUAAAAGGGACUUUUAUAACUUUUUACUACUUUAUAAGGAAGCCUGUAAGCUGUUUGUUGUUCUGAAAGUGUUUUUUCAGGAGCAGGUAAUUUACACUUGGCUAUCCGAAGAGAUAAUCAUGCUAUAGAUGUGGGCAGUUGCUCUUAAAAAAUAUUGUUAGCAUAGGUUAUACUGUAGUGUAUAUUUUAUUAUAAUUCAAUUAUUUUCUUAGUACAUUUCAGUUCUUUGUUAGUGAUUUAAAUAUUGAUGUAAACAAAUAUUCCCUGGGUCGUAUAAUUAGGAUGUUUAACGUCAAAUACAAUGAUUUUGGCCAGGAAAAGAUUAAUUACUAGGAGACUUGGUAAAUGUUAACCAUUUAUAUGUCAAACUUAUGUUGUCGAUAUAAAUUACUGUGAUUGAUAUGCAAUAUUAUUGAGAAUGUUUACUGUACUGAAGCAUAUAUUAUAUUUUUUGUUAUGUAAUGUAUAAAGCGGUACCAAAAUGAUCAUCAGUUGUUCUGGAAUUUUGUAAUUUUUAUUCAGUCCUAUGAAACAAUUAAAUGUAAAAAUGCAUUUAAAAUAACUUAUGAAUAACUUUUGUAUCUGCGACGAUUUGAAAAUAAUAUUCCCACAUACUCGAGUAGUACAUAAUAACAAUGAAUAUAAAAAAAAGAGAAAAGAAAAGAAAUUGAGUAUUACAGUGCUAGCCGGAUAUAACGUUGUACUUCACUUAAGUGCCAUAGGAACUGAUCUUUAAUUGAUAACUUGUUUUUUAAAUCACAAACUUUGUUCAAGGUGAGCUAUUAGUAUACAUGGUCCGACAUGCGUCGUCCUGCGUCAGCAUUUUCACUUCUCUGAAACCAUUUCGUGGAAGCCUAGAUAUUCCUAGGAUGAUUAUCUACCAAAGAUGAUAAACGAAUUUCAUUCCAUAUAGAAUUCUGGUUGCCGUGACAACCAAAAAGAAAAACUUAAUGUCAGUAAAAGAAAAAAAACCUGCAAGGCCCAAAGAUAUAUUUGGAGUAUGUAGCAUUGUAAUAUUGUUUUGUCAAAUUGGUCCUGCCCGGAUUUCAUUCGAUUUAUAUAGUCUUUAUAGGAGAAAAAAUGUAUUGUCUAAAGCCUGAAGACCUAAAGCUUAAAGAUAUUUUGCAUAAGCAUUAUGUAGUACUCCUCCUCCGAGUUUGUUCAAAUCUUGCCACUGGCCCUCCCAGGGUUACACUUGAUAUACAUAGCUUUUAUAUUAGAAAAACAUCUUGAAGGCCUAAAGCUUAGAUAGUUGGCAUGUAUCAUUGUGUAGUGGACAUCUACAGAGUUUAUUCAAAUCAUGCCACUGGGGACAAAAUUGGCUCACGGGUACACUUGUUUUACACAGACUUUCAUAGGAAAAACUGGAAAAAUCUUCUUUUCUAAAUCCUGAUCGAAGGCCUAAAAUUUAGAUGGUUAUCCUUUAUGUAGUGGUCCUCUUCCAAAUUUGUUCAAAUCAUGCUACUUGGGUCAAAAUUUGCCCCACCCUGGGCUCACUUGUUUGAAGAGAAACAUUUAAAAAAAAUCUUCUAAAACCGUAAUCCCCUGAGCUUAGAUAAUUGGCAUGUACCAUGGUAUAGAAGUACUCUACCAAUGUUGUUCACAUCAUGCACCUGUGGUCAAAAUUGACCUGUCCUUGGUCCACAGGUUUUACAUAGCAUUAUAUAGGAAAAACAUCAAAAAUAUUCUUGACUAAAAUAUCAGAUACUUGGCAUGUAGCUUUUAGUAGUGCUCCUUUACCAGAUAUGUUCUCACCAUGCCUCUGUUGACAAAAUUGGCCCCGCUCGGGUUUCACUGUCUUUACAUAGACUUAUACAGGAAAUACUUUUAAAAUAUUUUUGUAUUAAACCUAGCUGUUGAGCUUUGAUAAUUGGCAUGUAGAUUUGUGUAGUGGUCCUUUACUAUUUUUUUUUUCAAAUCAUGCUUUUACAACCAAAAUUGGCUCCGCCACUGGGUCACUUGAGAAUAAGUAAAACUUUAAAAGUCUUUUUGUUUAAAAUAUAUGUAAGAAAAU